CGGUAAUCACUUAAUCAGUGUAUAGGCGUUGGUGCAUGCAUAGGAGGUCAUAUUUGUUGUUAUCUUCACUUAAUGUUAUUUAUAACCUUCAAUCGAUAAUUUGAUUGCAUUGUUUGUUUGACGAAUUUGUAUCUAGCAACAAAAGGUUACAGAUUUAGAAUGAGUCGCAGAAGAAAGAGCGAAGUGGACAGCGAGAGUGAAAGCGAUGUUGAGUAUCUAUCCAAAAAGUUGCAAACGUUGAAAGUGGCUACUGAGAAACGCGACAUUAACGUAUUGCUGUUGGGAGAAACCGGAGUGGGAAAAUCCACUUUUAUAAACGCCUUCUUUAACUAUCUCACUUAUCCCACCCUAAAGCAAGCAAGAAAGGGCAAUCUUGUUACACUAAUUCCAGCAAAAUUCACAAUCGCCGACGAGAAUUACGAAGAACGCAUCAUUCAAGUUGGAGAAGACAACAAUGAGCUGAUCGAAGUUGGAGUUUCCGCCACCCAGUCUUGUAGAUCUUACGUCUACCCGAUUCAAGGCGGCAAGUUUAGGAUACGAUUAAUUGACACGCCCGGCAUUGGAGACACUCGUGGAAUAAAUCAGGAUAAUAUCAAUUUCGAAAAUAUUCUCUCGUUCAUAGGCGAAAUGCAGCAGCUGAACGCAAUCUGCAUUUUGUUGAAACCGAACAAUUCACGGUUGACUGUCAUGUUCGAAUUUUGUAUCAAACAGCUUCUGUCGAGAUUAGAAAAGAGCGCAAGUAGGAAUCUAAUUUUUAUAUUCACUAAUACGAGAAGCACGUUUUAUCGGCCCGGAGAAACAUUGCCGGCACUUAAAAAACUGCUUGGUGCCAUCGACGGAGUGCACAUUCCUCUGCACAAAGAAAAUAUCUUCUGCACUGAUAAUGAAGCUUUUCGGUUUUUAGCAGCCGUCAAUAAUGGCGUUCGUUUCUCUUCAAUUGAUGUGGAUAACUUUGCCCAGAGCUGGAAGAAAUCCGUUCAAGAAUGUUGGAGAAUGCUUACGUAUAUCACUGGAGAUUCAAAUAACGUUGCCUUGGUACCUCAUGAAGUUAAAAAUACAAUUUCUGUCAAUGAGGCUCGCCGUUUAAUCGUUCAGUUGUCACAACCUCUAGCCGAUAUCGCGCAACUGAUUCUGGACAACAUUCAAUGCUUGGAAAGACACAAACAAAACUUGCAUCAAAGCAAUAACUCGCUAACCGAACUUAAAACAAAACUGUAUAUACCGACGAUCAACUUACGGGUUAUAGAGAUGGCCGAACCUACUACAGUGUGCACAAGUCCCAAGUGUAGCACCUUGUAUAAGAUUGGCGAUAAGCAGAAGUGGCAUUACCACCAAAAGUGCCACUGUCCAUGUUAUUUGACGAACGUGCCAAAGGAAAUUAUUGGUGCGCCUGAACUUUCAAGCUGUGCCGCUAUGAAUUCUAUUGGAGUUUGUAAGAAGUGUACUUGCAGAUUUCAGGUGCACAUGCAUAUUUACUACGAGACGGAAAUGUACGAAGAUCGUAUUGAAGAUAAAUCGAUUAAAACUGUUAUCAUGGACAAAGAACUAGCUUUGAUACAGGCGAAAAAUUUAAUUAAAAAAAUUUCCGCCCGUAUUAAUGAGUACGACGAAGAAAGGGAAACAAUCAUAAAAAUAACUGCAAAAUUCGCUUGUUUUCUUAAGGCAAAUGCCAUUACGCCAUAUAAUGAUGCCUACCAAGCUUAUCUGGAAUAUUUAAUUGAUCGGGAAAGAUCUUUGGGUGACUCUGCCGACUAUCAAAUGAUAAGGCAAUUUCAAAAAAUGCUGGCCGAGUAUACGGAGGAGAAGAAUGUCUUGUGUCACGCACUAAAUCAGAACGUGUCUAAUAUGAGGUCGAUUACGGCGGAUGAUAUUAUAAGAAGUGUGGAAACUUUAUACAAUCUAAAGCAUAACGGGCAGAAAAUCAAGCAAUUAUUUUUAAUGCAAAAACGUGCUCGUAAGGAUGAAAACCAAAGUGAAGUUCGCGAAUUUAUCUACAAAACAUUGGAUAUGAAUGUGGUAGCACCGAAAAACAAGGACAAAGUUAAGGAACCAAAAGAAGAGAAAAAUACCAAAGUACCAGGUAAAACCUUUAAUAAAUACAACAAAGGACCCAAUAGAAACCAAAAUCGAAGUUCGUCAACACAUCGAGUCUACGAGCAACACGCUCCAAUACCCGCCCAACAAUUCAGCAACAACAUGGGCAGAGAUUUUCAUUCACCAGAACCAAAUCCGAGACAAUACUUCCACAUUAAGCAGCAUAGUGCUGGAAAUUUUGAUAUUCGAAUUAGUCAAACCGAUAAUGGAUCAGGUUAUCCCCCUACUCAUCAACCGGCGAGAUACGAUGGCCCGAGUGGAUCUCAUUAUCCGCAAAACCGUAAUUUUAAUAGGUUCCCACGCGAUAACCCCCCACCUUAUCAUAAUCCAUCUCCUCCUGCUUAUUAUCAAGAUCAUCAGCCUCCGCCACUUCUUUCGUAUGAUCAACGAGGUGAAAAUUUCCAUUCGUAUCCUAAUCGACCGCCACCAAAUAAUGUACCGUUCCAAAGACAUCAGAAUCCACAGCAUUACAACGCGCGAGGUCACAAUCACCAACAGUAUCAACAGAAUAAGCCACGAAAUCAAAACCAACCGUCACGUUUUCUGAAGAAUAACGAAGUGCCUAACCAACAGUAUAGGUCUGGACCAAAACCGACGGGUCGAGACUACCACUCCGAGCCUGAACAUGUACAGCACUUCAAGAACAGACGUAUUAAUAAAAAUCAGCGAGAAGGUACGCACUCUAGCAACAGGCGUCAUAAUCUCGACGCCAGCAGCUCUAGUUCCGAUUCUGAGGUUGAUAAAUACUACAGUGCUGCUGAGAAUCGUCGUCAUAAAUAAAUAAUAAAAAGUUUGAAUUUUUCCAUUUCUAUUUUUCUAUGUUUAUAUAAGUAAUAUUAACUUCGUCAUUUUUUACAUUGUUUAAUAGUGUUGUUUCUUUUAGAGUAGUAAAAGUUGUAUCAAUUUAAA